AUGAACUACACCGACGUCUAUGCCAGUCCACAAUCUGUUGCCAAUGCACCAGAAAACGCUCGUACUUCUUUUUAUCGCCGUACCUACCUACACGUAGCCGCAGCGCUAGCCGCCCUCAUCGGCCUCGAAGCUGCCCUCCUUCAGAUCCCGGGCAUCGAAAACACCGUCAUGGGACUCCUCGGCACUAGCAAAUUCAGCUGGCUCAUCGUUCUGGGCGCCUUCAUGGGAGUCUCUUGGCUCGCCAAUAAAUGGGCCUUCUCAGGAGCCAGUCGCACCACCCAGUAUGCUGGACUUAGCAUCUACGUAGUCGCUCAGGCCCUCAUUUUCCUCCCUCUCAUCCUGAUUGCCACCAGCUUCGCCAGCAUUACUGGCAAUAACGUGAUCCUCCAAGCUGGAGUCAUUACCCUCGGAUUAUUUGGUGGUCUCACAUUUAUUGCUUUCACCACCAAGAAGGACUUUUCUUUCCUCGGCGGCUUCCUCAAAAUUGCCUUCUUUAUCGCCAUUGGCCUCAUCGUGGCCUCCAUCUUCUUCGGAGGAUUCAGCCUCGGACUCUGGUUUAGCGGAGCAAUGAUUCUCGUCAUGGGAGCUUCCAUCCUCUACCAGACCAGCAACAUUAUCCACCACUUCGGCCCUGACCAGCACGUCGCCGCUUCCCUUGGCCUCUUCGCCAGCAUCGCGACCCUCUUCUGGUAUGUCCUCCAGUUUCUCAUGCAGUUCACUGGCAGUGAUUAA